CCGGCACUCCCCUCCGCGCAACCUCAAGCCCGGAAAUCUGCGCGGGAGCGGCUCUCUGCGCGUCCAACGCACCUUCAGCAUCGCCGCUGCUCUUCUCUCGGCAGCUUUCCCGUGGUCACCAUGGAUAAACUAGCUAAUGCAAAGUCGCAAUUUGCCCUGGAUCUUUUCCAACAGUUGACCGAAGCCCACCCAACCGACAACGUUUUCUUUUCUCCGAUCAGUAUAUCUUCCGCUUUGGCCAUGAUCGCCUUAGGGGCCCGGGGUAACACAGCCUCGGAACUCUCGAAGACACUUCAUUUUGAUGGUGUUGAAGACCUUCAUUCAGUAUUUCACACGCUCAAUGCUAAAAUUAACUGGAGCGAUGCACCCUAUAUUCUGAAACUUGCUAAUAGGUUGUACGGAGAAAAAACUUUCAACUUUUUGUCUGAUUUCUUGACUAACACCCAGAAUUUGUAUGGAUCUGAAUUAUCCAAAGUAGACUUCUCAAAUGCCCCAGACAAGGCAAAAGAGGAAAUUAACCAAUGGGUAGAACAACAGACUGAAGGUAAAAUCCCUGACUUGUUAUCUGAAGGAUCCAUCAAUGAAAUGACUAAAUUGGUUUUGGUGAAUGCUGUCUACUUUAAAGGCAGCUGGGCAAAGGCAUUUCAAGAAAAAGAUACUGAAGACAAGCCUUUUAGACUAAAUAAGACAGAAAAGAAGAAUGUGAAGAUGAUGUUUAUGAAAGAGAAACUUCCUUUUGGUUAUAUCCCUGAAUGCCACUGUCGUGUACUGGAACUGCCAUACAAGGGAGAGGAUCUUAGCAUGAUCAUCCUUUUGCCUGAUGACAUUGAGGAUAAUUCCACAGGCCUAGAACAGCUGGAACAGCAGCUUACUUUGGAAAAACUGCAAGAAUGGAACCAGAAUAUGAUUUCUGAAGUGGACGUCUAUGUUCAUCUACCUAAAUUCCAGCUGGAAGAAAACUAUGAUCUUAAAUCUUACUUUGCAGCAUUGGGGCUAGUAGAUAUGUUUGACAGUGACAAGGCUAACUUGUCUGGAAUGUCAGGAGCCCAGGGUCUCCAUGUGUCUAAAAUAGUUCACAAGUCCUUUCUAGAAGUAAAUGAAGAAGGCACUGAAGCAGCAGCAGCUACUGCUGCUACAAUUACAAAUACAUUUUCUUUGCCCAUGGAAGAGAAUUUUAUUGCUGACCAUCCUUUCGUAUUUUUUAUCCGUCAUAAUCCAACAAACACUAUACUUUUCCUUGGUAGAUUUGCUUCUCCAUAAAGAGUAUCAUAAGUCAUAAAACCAACUUCCAGCCUCCUAUAAAAUAUAUGUUUCUCAGCCUGCUUGGAGGAAAUUGAACAAAUUGGGUUUUUCCAGAUCAGGGGUGUCAAACUCAUGUCACAUGACGUAUUGCGACUCCCCCCCCCCUUUUGCUAGACUGGGGGUGGUGUGGCCAGCACAUGCUGCAUCUGGCCCGUGAGUUUGACACCCCCUGCUCCAGAUGUUUUCCAUCUUUAAUUUUCUUGAUUUUCUGUUAACAGAUUUUAUGUGGCACUUUGCUCUGAAAAGUAGCCAUCUCUAAUCUAAGGUAUUCAGGUGUGUGUGAUUUCACUUUAAUUUCCAGCUAGCUAGGAAUUAGUAGUUUGAGGUGUUUGGAAGCUGUCAGGCAAGGGGUAGCUGCUGUGCGUUGUAUCUGUAAAACGAAUAACAUAUGAAUUAUUGGAAUAAAGUUGGCUUGUAUUCAAUAUAAUGCAAGUGUCUUUGGUCCAGACUCUUUGGUCCUGGAAAAUAAUUGAUAAUAUAAAAUCCAGAAAGUGACUUUUUUGUUCUUAAAAAUACAAAACAAUUUGGUGCAUGUCCUAGUACCUUAUGAAGAAUUACAACUUUUCUUAUCAUUCAGUAAAUACAGAAUUGUUCACAUACAAAUUACCAGUGACCUCAAUCUACUAAUUUUUUGAUAUUUUUUGUCCACAUUCUCUCUGCUCAGUAAAUCUGAGCUACAUAUUGUUCAUCCUUCAGGCGUUCAUUUUAUUGAAGGCAGGUGUGAAAUAAAGACAUUCUAGUGACAUUUUGAAGGAGUUGUUACUUCUACAAUUCAGUUUAAUUCAUGUUGCCUGGAUGAUUUAGAGGAAUUCUUGCUUUAAAUAUUUAAGAAAGCCCCCUCAUGCUUUCCCCUGCGCUGUCAUUUAUAAGAUAAGCUGCCAAUGAUCUUGACUUUAUGACUACUUUCCCUUCCCUGGCCAGCCCAUUCCCAACCUCUUACAACUAUCUGCAGGUGGAGUUCUGGGCUAGCAAAAUGAAAUCAGUAUAAGAUGAACACAGUAUAAGACUGCAUACCAAACAACAGACUACUUACAAUAUUAUAAUUGAAGUCUUUUUGCAAAAUGGAGGCAUUAAUGUUUUUAAAUUAACUUUAUUUUCAGAGUUUCAAAAUUUCUCAAGGUACAUUUCAGUUAUAAGGAUUUUUUUUUCAGCUUAAGGUGCAAAUGCAGUAUUUCUUUGCAGUCUGGCAUAAAUUAAGUUCCAAACAAAGGCACAAGUAAAAUUAGGCCUUUCUAAGUUGUAUGGAUUGUAUUAAAUAUAUAUCCGUGCUUAUACCAGUCCCACUGAAAAAGCCUAAUAUUAGCUAAGCUGGGCAAUUUUCAUUUUUAAAUUUUUGACAUAAUGCCCUUUAUAUCCUUGAUUAAAUCAAGUGAUUUUAGUUGUCCUUUUACCCAUAUCGUAUGUAUUUUAUCCAAGGUUAUCAAAAAAUUCUAACAUUUUGCAUAAAACUUGCAAUAAAAUAUUUUUAGUAGUACAAAAUGGUUCAGGAAUGUGCAGCUAUUUGGACUUCAAGUGGAAAAGGAGCAGCUCCUUAAACAGAACACAUAUUUUCCUCUUACACAAUUAGUGUAGAAAAGUGUAGUUUCUUUCAAGAACUUUAAUGUUACAUUAUACAUUAAUGCAUAUAUCUAUAUCUGUGCUGAGCAGCUUUUUGCCUUGAAUUGGAGCAAUAAAAUACCCCCAAAAUCAUUUCAUGUGUAUCAAAGAUGAUUUAAUUAACAUACAUAUUAUUUAAUACAAAAAGGUAGGCAUCUCAGUUUGAGGCUACCA